CUUGUGUGGUUGUGUAGGAAAUCAAAUAGUAAUCAAAGUUGUAACUAAAUCGGGAUAAACAUGUAUUUUACAAAAACAUGAAGUAAUAGGAGUGUUUCUAAUGGCACAUAACGAUGCAAAGACGCCUCAGGUCACAUUAUCAGCUGAAGCAGAGGCUUUUGUUCCUGGGAAGUAUGUUGUUGGGAAGGAUGGCCCUCCCCCGAAUGGACUCCCGUCAUACAUAAUGAACUGUUAUCCCUUUGUAACACAACAUGAUAACAAGCCAAGAGCGCCAAUGACUUGGCAAGGGAGGCCAAGGGGGCCAAAUAUUGUAGGACCUAGGCCCCCUCUUUCCCAACAAGUUCCAUACACAUACAGUAGCAGCAGGCCCCCUGGUGUACCUAACCAAAGAAUGAGGGCUCCAGUUUACCGAUCACGCCCCGUGGGAAAUGUAUCUAACAUCUACCCACAAUCGUUCAUACCUCCACCCUCAUCAUCAGCCAAUCCCCACCCCCACUACUCUAGUCAUAAUGUAAAUUACAACACGCCAUCACCCAUGGGGCAGUACUCCCCGCAUGCUCACCCUAAUAGCCCCCUUAACUUUAUAUCGCCACCCCCCACACAUAAGCAACCAGUCUGGUCAACAGGAACAACGUCACCAAUUUCGCCAUAUUCAGAUUUUAAUGCUCCGCCUUAUAAUCAGGCAUUCUUCACAUCCUCUCAAGGAUUUUACCCAUCAUCUGAGCAUGGCAGCUUCAGUGGCUCUGAUAGGGCAUCUGUUGAACCACAACAUCCUAUUAAGAAAAAGCACAUGGAGAGCAAUAUGGUUAGCAUUGGUAUUCAAAAUGAGUCAGGAGUCCUACAUAAUUAUUCACCUAAGAAGUCUCGGCCUAAAACAAAGACAAUUAUGUUAAUGGAUGCCGCAGUACAAACAGAUUUUUCGGAUGAGAUCGCUUCGUUAACUUUGGUCGAACGUCCCAAUUCAUUGUAUCGCAGCAGGCGUGUGAGGCCACGUCGUAAAAGUGCAGCACACGCUGCCCAGUAUGACUUGAACAGUACGACAGACUCUGAGGAGGUUGAUAGCGAUAGUGGAUAUAGUAGCCCUCUUCAUAGACGCAAUCAGGUUUCUAAUGGCACCACUACAUCAUUGACAUACACUCCAAGUGAUCCCCUGGGGUAUACCUCCAUCAGUGAUCCCCACGGUUGCUCCUUUCAGGGUAUAGUCGGAACUCCUAUCCCCCAUGUACCAAUAGUUAACACCAUGCCAGUGGAAGCGAAUUUGUACAAUAGCAAUGCACCCUAUCAGGCUCAUGAUAAAAUGUAUGGAGAAAUUAAGACAUACGCUAGUGUGAGUAGCGCACGAUAUAGCAAACAAGCAGCUGUUAGUGUCCCCAAAGGGGUGCCCCAUGGAUAUAAAAAUUUACCUGGGGGUGUACCCCCUCAGGAUGACCCCCCUCAUAGCCCCACAAGGGGGAGCAAUCUCGGUAAAUCAGGGUCAAAUCCUGGUAGUAAUUCCAGUAUCAAUAAACUGCAGUCACAAAGUCAGUCUGCUCAUGAACCUGAUGAAAACGCCACACCUGGCAAGAAAAAACGACGGAGAAGUCGGCGGAGGAAAAAGCGCAAUCAAGGUGAUGGAGAUGUGGGAGCUUUAAGCGACGAGCCUCUCAAUUUGCAAAGGACUCAAUCAAGUGGCAAUGUAUCUCGAACUUCUACGGAAACUCAUGAUACUGAUUUUCUUCACUUUGAGGACGAGGAGGAGUUUCCUGACCUGGGGAGUAGUGUAGUGGGAGGUAGAGGCAAGUUAACUGAGGGACAGAGCACCAUCUCAUACAGUGAGGUCCUCAAAGCACAAAAAUCUGUGGAAUCAUCCCAUGAAGACUCUCAUUCAGUCAUAUCCUAUUAUGCCAGCCAGCCAGAAUCUGUUGCCUCUGAAAAGAUAGGAAAAGAGAGUAAAACUGAACGAAAGAGAAGAAAACGUAGAGAAAUGGCUAACAAAGCUGCAGAGGUGGAACUUGCAGAAAUCACAUUUGAACAGGAAAUGCUUAAAGAAAUGGGACUGAAAAAGUCACAGAAACAACCCGAGAAUUCUGGGAAGAAAUCAAAACAACCAAUAGCAUUAAACAUUGCUGCAAUGAUAGAUGCAUUGGAGAAACAACAACAGGAACAAGGGAAGGAAAAAGAACCAGAGACAACUAAACCAAAUCAACCAAUCAAGUCAAGUUCUGAUUUGAAAACCCCGCACAAUAUGUUAGACUCCAGUGCCCCAAUGGUAAAGAGGGGGAAGGAAAGGGAAACACCAAAGGCAAAGAAACCAAGUCCACUUAAGAAGGUGAUACUAAAAGAGCGUGAAGAGCGUAAGAAAGCACGCAAUAUUGAUGAUGACCCUGUAGCCAGUGGAAGUGAGAUGAAGGAAGACGAUACCAUUGAAGAUGAUAAUGACAUGGCUUCUAAUGAGAUAGAUGAUGAUGCAAUCGCUAACAGCACUGUGUCUAGUAGCGAUGGGGGGUUUACAAGUAACUUGAUAAUGAGUGAUGACUUCUCGCAAGAUGCUGGCAGUUCAAAGGCCUCUAGUAUGGAUAUUGACAAUACCAGUAUGAGUGCAGAGUUGUCGCCAGUUAGUCAGACAUCCCCGAUCAGUAUGAGCCCUCUGUCCCCUGGAGGCACUCCUGCCAGCUCUGGGGUGAAUAGCCCAAUCACAGGGGCCACUAAGGAUCUCAAUCCAGCAUUACUGAAGAUUCAUAGCAGGCGUUUCAGAGAGUACUGUAACCAGGUGUUAGACAAGGACAUUGAUGCAUGCUGCACUAUCUUACUGCAAGAUCUUGUAAGAUUCCAGGAUAGACUCUACCAUAAAGACCCUGUAAAGGCCAAAUCAAAGAGACGUAUUGUACUUGGAUUGAGAGAAGUAACUAAACACCUUAAACUUAGAAAAAUCAAGUUGGUGAUAAUAUCUCCAAACCUAGAGCGCAUACAGUCUAAAGGUGGAUUGGAUGAUGCCCUCAACAAUAUUAUAGCCCUCUGUGCAGAGCAGGACAUACCAUUCCUGUUUGCUUUGGGGCGUAGGGCAUUAGGGAGGGCAUGUGCAAAGUUGGUACCUGUGAGCGUGGUAGGCGUGUUCAACUAUGAAGGUUCUGAGGAGAACUUCCACAACCUGAUGGCCUUGACAGAGAGGGCCAGGCAAGCAUACAAGGAUAUGGUUGGCCUUAUGGAGAAGGAAAUUGCAGAGAGCCCAGUGACACAAAAAUUAUCAGGAAAUUACCCUCAUCUGUUUGCCCAUAUGGGGCAUUCAAGAACUCCAUCUGCAUGUAGCGCAAUAUCAUUUACAAGUAGCAUCCUUUCUGAGCCAAUAUCAGAAAAUUAUCCUCAGUCGGAGCCAGAGACUGACUCUCGUGGUUAUGAAAUAAAAAAUAAUAAAAUUCCUAAUACGAUAGAUCAGAUUAUGAAUGGUGGUGCAGAUUUAGAUAAAGAUGGACACGCAAGGAUUUUAAGUCCUGACAAUGAUUCGGUGUCGGGGAGCACAAGCCCUGCUCGCUUGCCUGAUAAUUUACAUGACAUUGACGAAGGGCAUGAAGCUGACACAGAAGACAUGAAUGAUAUGGGAUCACCAAAUGGUGCAGAAAAGACAAAUAAGAAGUCUGAUUCUACAAAAGAUUAUUUGAUGAAGUUUGUAGAUAGUACAUCUUCAGGGGAAGUUGAUAGUGUAAAAGAACUACCACAUAUUGACUCUAUACAUUCUAUGGAUUUAAACACUGAAAUUCUAUCACAACAUUCAUCAAAAACACUUGAGUUAAAUGCAGCUGAUGUCAUGUCGACCCACUCAUCAAAGACUUUGGAAGCUGGUGGAUCGCCUCUCACUGCGGAGCAAUGUGCGGCAGAAAAGUUCAAAACUUCAGAAGUCAUUGAAGAGACGGAAGAAGGUGAAAAUUCAAGUGAACACAAAUCACGAACUCUAAACAAUGCACGCAUUGAAUCUUGGGUUGCAGAGACGCAAACGUGUAUGGAAAAUUUGGAAGUCGUUGAUGAAAGUGAUUUAGAUGUAGGUGGAGUUAGUAGUGGUUGUGAUGUCGAUCAUGUCAGCGAUCUUGACUCAAAAUAUGAUUAAGUUCACAUUUGCUUUGUGGCUAUGGAGCCCUAGCUUAUAUCAUUGUAGUCUUUUGUGGCCAUUGAAGCCAACAAUUAUAAGUUAUACCAGAUAAAUUGAUGAUUAUCUCUGUGUAAAAGAUUUCAUGAUGGUAAGAAUUUGUCCCUUUGAAUCUAAGGACUAUCAGGUUCUCUUAGGUUUUGAUUGUUUGGCUGCAUGUAUACAGUAGUAUACUGAGGCAAGCAUUCAGACUUUGUUCAGGGUGAUUCAAAAGAAUGACAAAACAUUUGCCAUCAUCAAAUAUUUUUCAUAGUUUUGUUGAAAUAUCGCUCACAUGAAUUCUUUAAAGGAUUACAAUUUUUGUAUUCAAGAAAAACAAUGUAAAUGUUUAGCAUUGUCAAUGCAUUUUGGACUUUUUGCGGAUUUAAUGAAUAAUGAAUUUCCAGGUGUGAGGAAUAAUAUUCUAUAUAGUAUAUAUAUUCAGGAAGAGGAGAGAUUCAUCAGUAUUGUAGUAUAGAAAACUGUUGUAGACAACUUUCCAAAAGAUUUCAGGAUGAUCAUGAAUAUUUUCCUCUUAUCAAGAAUUUGGUGGUAGAUUCAUUGUGUUUCUAUACAUUUUCAGACAUUUAAUUUCUUAAAGAAUUUCUUCUGUGAAAGUGUGGCCAUUUUAAUGUCAGCUCGAGAUAUAUAGAUCACAACAUAUGGGUGAAGGCUUGUUCACAUUAGGUAUGAACAGGGUGUUCCUGUAUUUAUGUCCUUGACACUAAAAGUAGAGAAAAUCCACUUCAGUAAUGCAUGUUUGUUUUGAUAAUGCUAGCACACAUGAAGUUGACACAAGAAUAACAAAAUUCACACACAUUGUAAGUAAGACUUUGUUAAAAAAAACAUGGUCAUUUUGAAAUCAUUUGAUGCUGUUGAUUAAUCACUAAGUGAUAGGUAUUCCAUGAUUGUAAAAUGUUUGUAUAUAUUUAUGUGCAGUGUGCUAGUCCAAAGUAAAGUAAACAAAGACCCUUUGGAAGCUUCAUCCUUUUAUAUGUUUCAUUUAGUAUGCUUAUUUCACCUAAAUGUGUCUUUUGAAAAAUGAUCACUAUCAAUCUCUCUCUUAUUCUCUAAUAUGAUGAUUGUUGCCUCAUGAUGAUCAAAUGUGUCAUGUUGAUCAAGUGUCAUAAUGAUUAUGUGUCAUGUUGAUCAAGUGUCGUUUGGAUCAUGUGUCAUG